AUAAUCUGCUUCUCUGUGAGGUCUAUCACAUGAAAUUACAUGAACGUUUUUGUCUUUGCAUCUGUAGGUGUUUUGUCACUCCCAGCCCAUUUCAGUCCAUACACAGAGAACCAGCAGGCUGUGGACAGCAGAGAGGAUGCUUACGCCCAGCUGGAGCUGAGAACACUGGAACAAUCUCUUCUGGCCACUUGUGUGGGCAGCAUCUCAGAGCUCAGUGACUUGGUGUCCCGUGCCAUGCACCACAUGCAGCGUCUCAGCUCAAUGCGUCCAGGACAGAGCCCUGCCCGUCACGCCCGUGCCCAGCAGCCUGUGUCCUGGUCGCCUGACGCCCUCCACACCCUUUACUACUUCCUGCGCUGCCCGCAAAUGGAGUCCAUGGAGAAUCCCAACCUGGAUCCCCCACGCAUGGCUCUGAGCAAAGAGAGGCCAUUUAUGCUGUUGCCGCCUCUGAUGGAGUGGAUGAGAGUGGCCAUAGUUCACGCCGAGCAUCGCAAGAGCCUGUUGGUGGACAGUGAUGAUGUCAGACAGACCGCCAGGCUCCUCCUUCCAGGACUUGACUGUGAACCAAGACAACUAAAGCCGGAGUGUUGCUUUAGCUCCUUCAAGCGUCUGGACUCCAAAGCUGCCAUAGAUAAAUUCAACCUGGACUUGGGUUUUCGGAUGCUCAAUUGUGGACGCACUGAUCUCAUUGGUCAAGCUAUUGACCUGCUCAGGCCAGAUGGGGUCAACAGCAUGGACGACCAGGGUAUGACCCCUCUGAUGUAUGCCUGUGCAGCUGGAGAUGAGGCCCUUGUCCAGAUGCUGAUUGAUGCUGGAGCCAACCUUGAUGUGGCGGUUCCAUUGUACUCCCCAAAGUAUCCUUCUGUACACCCUGACAGUCGACACUGGACAGCUCUCACCUUUGCAGUGUUGCAUGGACACAUCCCUGUAGUGCAGCUUCUGUUGGAUGCGGGAGCCAAUGUGGAGGGGGCAGCAAUCCGAAAUGGUCAGGAGACCACAGCAGACACUCCGCUGCAGCUGGCGUCUGCAGCAGGUAACUACGAGAUGGUGACUUUGCUCCUGGCACGUGGCGCUGACCCCUUAUCAAGGAGCCAUGAUGGAAAUGCUCUUACGUCAUCUCUUUAUGAAGACAUGAACUGCUUCAGUCAUGCUGCUGCACAUGGACACAGAAACGUGCUGAGAAAGCUACUGACUCAACCCCAGCAGAUCAAAGAGGAUGUCCUGUCUCUGGAGGAGAUCCUAGCAGAAGGAGUGGAGAAUGAAAUUCCAGGGAUGUGUCCUUAUCUUCCAACACCUUCCAAUGGCACUCCGACACUGCAGGAUGUAGACAUACCCAAUCUCUGCAAGGCCAGGAUGAAGGCUCUUCAAGAAGCUAGCUACUACAGUGCCGAGCACGGAUAUCUUGAUGUCACCAUGGAGCUUCAUGCAAUGGGUGUGCCGUGGAAACUGCAUGUGUGGCUGGAAUCUCUUCGUUGUGCCCAUCAGCAGUCCAAGAUGGGGGCCAUCCUCUCUCUUCUCAGAGAGUUUACCACAGUCCGAGAAGAGGACUACUGUGAUGAACUUGUCACCACAGGCCUGCCCCUCAUGUUCACUAUCCUGCGAACCACCAAGAGCGAUACCAUUAUACAGCAGCUGGCAGCUAUUUUUAGUCACUGUUUUGGCUCAGCACCACUUCCAGCCAUCCCUGAGAUGAAGGCAUCUCUUUCAGCUCAGUUGGAUCCACUCUUUCUGAACAACCCAGACAUGUCAGAUGUGACAUUUUUGGUGGAGGGAAAACCAUUUUAUGGACACAAAGUCCUUCUGAUAACCUCUUCUGACAAAUUCAAAUCUCUGCUGGCAUCCUCUGGAUCAGAUGGAAGCCCCAGCAAAGAAAUUGAGAUCAGCGAUGUCAAGUACCAUAUUUUCCAGAUGAUGAUGUCUUACCUGUACUGUGGAGGAACAGAAUCACUGAAAACGAAUGUGAUGGACUUACUGGAGCUUUUGUCGGCUGCUAAUCAGUUCAAGCUGGGGGCACUACAAAGACAUUGUGAGCUCAUCUGCUCCAAGCACAUAAACCUCGACAAUGCAGUCAGCAUCUACAAGACAGCCAAGGCAAAUGGUUCGGUGGAUUUGAGUUCAUGUUGCGAAAGUUUCUUCCUGCAGCAGAUGCCGGCACUGCUGGAAAAAGACGGCUUCAGGACCCUGUUACUAGGAACCAACUGCACUCGACAGGGGAAUAACUGCACUUCUUCUCUGGCUCACAGCCGCAGUGACUCACCUCUGGAAGAGCUGGAGGCCAUCCUGGCUCAGCGUAUACGCUCGCUUUACAUUUCAUCUCAAGUCUGAAGACGUGAGCCGCUGCAAUGAGACAAGACGAAAAGCAACAAAUGUGUGAAAGUUGCAGAAGAAGGCUUUGUGUAAAUACAGGUGGAUUGGUUCUGUAGGAACCACAUUCCAGAGAAAAUGCUGCAGAACUGUGUACAGUGUGGCACAGUGACUGACUUGGCGGCAGUUGACUCUGAACAGUGUUAUUUUGUGCCAAGCACUACAUGAUGGCGGUUACUGUGACAAACAGUAAGUUUUUCAAAAAGGGUGGUUUGUGUUUUGUUUUUUUUCCUCCAAGGCUCAGGAAGCCUAAAUGGAGGCAAGUUUCAAAAACAAAAUACUGCUGCCAUCUAGUGGAAAUCAUUAAAGGACUGGAAUUUGCAGCAACUCCUGGGUUUUGACUGAAGCUAUGUACAGUAACCAUAGACUGAAGACGCAGAGUGGGAGGAAAGCUCAGUCCAGUCUGUAGUGAUGCAAAUGUUUAUAUAUAAAAAAAAAACAAGUACGCUUUUUAUAUAGUUGUUUUUUUAACUAAAGUAUGACCAGAAUGACAUUUACUGCUAAGUGGGAUGGACAUUUUCUAUUUAAUGAGAACAAAAGAUGUGAAAGUAUUUAAUGAGGCAUGCCCUUUGAUUUCAUUUUUAAUCCAAGCUAAUUAAUAUUUUAAAAAUGCUUCAGCUGUUUAUGCAGGCAUACUAAUAGGUAAUUAAGCUUAUCUUGAUGUUUACCAUAUUUACACAGCCACAACAGAAGGAUUUGAAAAAAUGUUUUGCGUGAAAUAAACCUUGUGACUUUGACU